AUGGAUACCGACAUAAUGACUGCCCACGAUGCAGAAGUCGACACCUCAAACACUCAGGAUACUGCGGACAGUACAAUAAGGACCCUCGAAAAGCCAUCCGAGGUUGCAAGCAAUAACACACUUCUUCCCCCGAGCUCCCCCAUCUACUCUACCGAGCAGGUGAUUCUGGUCAAGCGCCGUGGCCAAUGGGUGCCACCGAAGGCGUCAAGGCUUCGAAACAGCCUCCUGAGUACAAUGGGCCUUCUUGAGCUUGCCAACGCGGGGGACUUUGCCGCUAAUGUCUGGAAUGAGAUCCCCGUGCCUGUAUAUGCCAUUGUUUUCAUGGCACUUGGCGGCACAUUGGCUUUGGUGGUUUCAAUUCUGGCCUUGAAAGAUACCUUGUUGAGUUGGGAAAACGUCUGCUUUCUUCGAAGAGAAAGGUCGGAGCUGAAGGCAGAAAGAUCGAGACGUUUGAUAAUGGGUGAGUCGACGCUGGACGUUGAUGUUCUCCUCGACAGCAACUUCAGAGAGCUUGGGAGCGAAGUAGCCAAUCGUUUCGGACUCGACAUUUGCAGCGGGUUUGGCGCCUUCUUGAUCAGCAUCGGGACGUUCAUGGCCAUCGGAGGUGCCAAUCGACAGGUCUGGUUUGCCAGUAACAUACUGUCAGGUUAUCUUGGCAAUGCCCCAAUCGCACUCUACGGCCUCAUCAGUUCCAUUUGGUCCGCCUUUAUUUUCCGAAGAGCCUCACAACAUCGACACCUUGCUGCUCGGAGUAGCAGACUUCAGGGUAGCCAUGCCAAAGCACUUGUCGGAAGACGAACCAGAAACGUCCAUAUCUUCACGUCGGUCAGCGCCGUAAGCAGCAUUAUCGGCGGCGCGGCGUCUCUGGUUACUGCAACAAGAUGGGAGGGGUACAUUGUUCUUAUUCCUGUCAUUCUUUCCUCCAUGUUCUACAACGCAUGGCUCCGUCGUCAUGUGGCUUAUGACAGGCCCAGUAUCGGCCGGUCUAUGAAUCUCAACGAAAACACGGUUAUUCAACAGCUCGAACUGGCUGCAGUCACCUGGGAGGAAAUCAGAGGACAGUCCUCACCACUUUCCAAGCUGGUUAUUGAUACGGCGUCUCUCAGUGCCGUCAUCAAUUACUUCGUGGUAAAUGACCUACUGGAAGAUUUGUGUGUCCGUCUCAUGCAAAACAAGGCUCUGGUCGUCGCUCUCAUUGAUCAAGAAUCUACGGAAGUAGCACUUGACAUGAAGCGCUUACUCGCAAUCCCAAAAGAAACCCAUUCGAUUAUCUUCGACGCAGCAAACGACAUCGUUAGAAAGAGAGGGCCUUUGCACUUUCAAUAUCGUCAACGAUAUCUCGCCGAGGUUCUUGGUACGAUGUUACGUCUAUCUCCGAAAUCUACCUAG